GAAGGAGGCGCACGCACGACGCGAGUGAUACGGAAGUGGUCAUUGAGGCCGGAGGUUGGUCGGGAAUGGUCAAUGGUCGGACGGGCGAAAAGCGCGCAUCGGGCAGUGAUGCGCGAGAGCAGGCAGACGACACGCGGUCAGCGUUGGGUGUACGCAGGUGCACGGCAGGUAAGCGGAGCGCGGGCGUUGGCAGGACGCGCUGGGCGUCACGCGGAAAGAAGACGGGGCGCGCUGGGCGCGUGAUUGGGAAUGACGCGGGCGCAAGCCUCGACCGAGAAGGCAUAGAAGUGCUGGGCGAUAGCACGCACGCGCGAGAGGGAGUCCGCGGCCAGCAGGCACGCGCGAAAGAGGACGCGUGGAGUUCGGGCGCGCGAAGCCUAAGGCGUAAAGGACUAGGCGAGCGAGUGACAUGCGAGGCACGCGCGCGGGUUGCCGCGCACGAAAAGGA